AUGGGACAUUGUGAUAUUUCCCUCAAAAUUACUACCCAUGAGAACAGAGAUUUCUUUAUUUUAUUAUUGUGCUGUAAAGGAUUCACAUCCCAAAGAAGUGAAAGUCCAGGUUCACUGACACUUUCUGAACAACCAGAGAUAAGCGAUUCUGUACCUUCAAGAUGUUGGAAUUUCACUUAUGGAGACCCGUCUAAAAUGGAAUUUUUCAGUCCAAACUUUCCAAGUAAUUAUUCUAUAAACCUGAAUUGUGCCCGUUAUAUUGAAGCUCCACCCGGAUACAAGAUUCAUUUGUAUUUCUGGGAAUGGUUUGAAAUCGAGGUCAGUCAAGACUGCAAAUUUGAUUAUUUAGCGGUCCAUGAUGGCCCAUUUAGCUAUUCACCAAAGAUAGCAAAACUCUGUGGCAAUGAAUAUCCAUCCAAAAUAAUAACAUCGUCUACCAGGUUUAUGUGGCUACAGUUUGUCAGUGAUAAGAAUUUGGGAGGAAGAGGAUUCAAAGUUACAUACACAUUUGUAGCACAGAGUGGAUAUAAAGAAAAAGAAGAAGAGCAGAAAGUUUGUAGAAUACACUAUGACAAAAAGGUAGGACCUGAAGGAGAAAUAACAUCCGACAUGAUUCCAUUUGCUGAUACAUCGUCUCCCGGAUAUCCAGUAAAUAAGCCUAUUGACUGCACAUGGGAAAUUGAUGCGGAACGUCACUCAAAGAUAGCUCUUGCACAAGUGACUGUAUAUUUCCAUAGCGCUGGGAACUGCGGACUUAACAAAAUAGAAAUUUAUGAUGGGUCAACUUUAAAAACAGAUAAACGGAUACAAAACUGUGGCCCUGGACCAUUCGAGUCAUUUGAAUCGAAAACAAAUAAAAUAUUUGUUCGAAUCUUCGGCAACAGUCUAAAUUACAAACCAACGAUAAAUCUUCUAUUUACAAAGUUUUAUAAAAACGAAACUUGCAAUUCCAAACAUUUUUCUUGCAAUGGAAGAUGCAUCAGCAACACUCUUGCUUGCAAUGGAAAGAUUAACUGUCCAAGUGGAUUAGACGAAGAAAACUGCGAUCUGGAUGAUAGCGAUACUGUUGGUUUGGGCUUUGAAUCGCUACCAUUGCAUGCCAUCAUUAUUGGAGCUGUAGGCGGCGUGCUAGGAACCAUAAUUGUUAUCGGAGUAUGUCUAAUUUGCCGUUACAAAAGCCGAAAGCGACAGAAACAAAGACAGGAACAACGUGAUAAAUUAAAGGAAAAUUUCGAAAUGUCCAACAUAAGUGCGAACACAACUUUACUGACGAAAAAGAAUGCCGGACAACCUAAUUAUUUUUCUUUACCAAGGCAGCAUCGAAGUGGAGGUCAAAGAGAUUAUAUACGUAGGGAUAGUGGUACCAAUUCAAGUGUUCCUUCAGAGGGCGAUGUUCCCGAUCACAAUUCUGACCCAGGAAAUUAUAAAAAAUAUUUAGUCAUGGAUCAAUAUUUGGACGAAGAACCUUGUCCGUCAGUUUAUAAUCAAGGUCCGGUUUUAACGACUAUAAUUGAACGGCAUGAUGUUCCAAUGCAACAACAGGAAAUCGAUGGGUCAUACGGUUGGACCGGAUAUGGAUGGAAACAACCUCAGUCUGAUAUUAAACCGCCAAUGAGUCUAACAGAGAACAUCGCUAAAUUAGCACAAUAUAACAUUCCACAAAAAACUUUAAACCCAGACUAUAAGAUGUAUACAUCGGAUCCGAAAUAUGAAAUGUAUCCAGAACUACGAUAUAAUAUAGGAAAGGAGUAUUCCAAAUUAAAAUACCAUCCUCAACAACAUCAACCAGAAAUCACUACACCUACGAAGGAAAAUCAGAAAAGUUUUAAAAUGUCCAGCCCUCAUCCUGACAUUACUCGAGAUUUAGAAGUUACGUAAUAUUGUAUGAGAGUCUGGCAAAAUAGACUUUGGAGAACAUAAUAUUGUUUCGUCAAAGUAAUGACUUGUUAUAACAAGUAUGAAGACCAACAGAUACUAGGAACAAAUCAAUCAUCAGACUCUUAUCUCGAUCAACCAAAAACAGUUACAAACAAUCGGUUACAAUAAAAGGAUAGUGAUUUUUAAGUGCACAUAUCAGAAAUCCAAAAUAUUAUUUCCAUGAAGGAAGGGUCAUUAAUGAGAAUUAUGAUAACCACUAUUUUUCAUUGCGCAUUGUAUAAUAGCAUUAUAUUUUAAUUUCACUAUUCUGAUGAAGAAAAGGACAUUAAGCAAACUUAAUGUAAAUUAUUUAGUGUGAACAAAUUCACUCAUAUGUAACCAAAAAUUGAAUUUUCAAUUCAACACCCACUUAAACGACAACACUUAUAAGAAUGGAUGUACUUCAAGCUAGUUCAGCAUUCCAUUCCACUCCAAAAUUAAAUUCUAGUUGCUGCAUUAAGUUCGUGGUUUUGUCUUGAUGUUUUUUUUUUCUCUUCAUAGCUUUAUUUUACCACCACUCUCAGUGCACUGUAUGCGCCUUAUAUUCGUCUGUUGUUUCAUAUAUCACAACACUUUGUUUACAUCUAUACGCCCUAUUUAAGGUUUUAAAGUAUUAAAAAUAGGAUCAUUCUAUAUCAGAAAUAUGUUUACCAAUAACGAGUUCCUAAAUAUAAGUAUAAUGUGUAAGUUUGGCAUACGUUUCCGUGAUUAAAUGAAUACAAGUUCAUAUUGCAUCUAUUAAAGAAUGUAAUAAUAUCUAAACUGAUGGACAUAUUGUGUCGUGAACAAAAAAAGUACAAUCCUGCAUAAAAUCAAGUUACAAUAAAGUGACGGAAUUAUAAAACAUUUUUGCUCCUAGCUCCUAUAAAAUCAUACAAAACACUAAAAUGUCUCGCCAUCUGCACUAUUUCAAUUGUUAUAAGGGGCAAUAAACUUUGAAACUUAUGUCAAUGUCACAAGAAAUAAUAUUAAUUCAAGUGUAAGCGAAUUUAUUAAUAAAUUCACGUGCACUUGAAAAACGUGUUAACCUGAUUGUCGCAGUGUGAAAACUGAGCUCAACGUUAUUUGUAUAAACCACUCGAAAAUAUUUUCGUUGCAGGCGAGACAAUAUAAAAAAAAAUAUUUUGAAACCCUUUCAAUUGUGAUAAAAAAGGGUUACUAACAAACACUUUCUACUUAAGUGCAUUGAAAAAUUAAUUCUAUGAAUCAUAAUGUCACAAUAACUCAUGGAUAUACGUCGCAACUUGUAUAAUUCAUCACAUAUAUUCUUCUAAUAGUUUAGCAAAAUAUUAGCUUAUAUUUUAGCACUGAAAUCGAAUAAUUGUUUACCAUCUGAAGAAUCGAUAUGGAAAAAUUUAGUGAGAGAAAAAAAUCUUCGCAAGUUCGAAGUACAAAGGAACUAGAAAAUAUAGUGCAUUUGAAAAAAAUAUAUAGAAACAAAAUUAGAGUUAACACUUUGGUUUGACGGUUGAAAAUCAUUGAACUAUUUUCUUUAUUCUCUGUUUCGUUCAUAUUUUUAGAUAUUUUACAGCUACUGUGAGUGGUGGUAUUGUUUACAUUUACGUCCAUCUUUGUAUAAAUUGAUCAUAUUUUAUUAAAUUUAUAUAUAGAAUGAACUUUAUCUUUGUUAUUUGUUUAUUGUGAAACCUGAGUUAACAACUAUCGCAGCAUAAAAAUACUACACUAAAUGAAAACAAAAAAUACUACACUAAAUGAAAACAAAAAAUAACAAUUAAAAACAAAGAAACAAAAAAACUAAGAAAAAUAGUUUAUUAAAAACAAUCAAACAAAGUCAUAUGUAUACUUUCAAGUACAGACGCAAGUUAUUCAUUCUAUAACAUUCAAACAUUCAUGCAGGCUUCUGCAGAACGCUCUGUCUCUCGUGCGAUUGCUGCUGUCAGUGUAAAGGUGUAAUAUUGACUGUCAAAAAACUAAGUCCAUUUAUCAAUAAAAUGUGGAAAAAAAUAUAAAAGAUCGAUUUUUUUUUUAUUCAGAUGUUGUAUUUCUUGAUCUGGAAAAGAUUCUAUUCAAAUUUCAAAACAUUCCACGAGAGUUGAUUAAGUUAUUGCUGUCUAAGAAAUAUAAUCCCAGACUGUAUGUAAAUGUUUACUGCCAAAAAAUUAAGUCCAUUUAUUAGUAAAUUACGAAAAAAUGCAGAAAAAUAUUUAUUAAAUUUUGCUUUAGAAAUUAUCUUGUAAUCAUAAAAAAAUCUGCCAAAGUUUUAUAAAAUUCCAAAUGAUGAAGGUUUAUAAAGUAAGUGAUGUCUAAAAAAAUCUUUAACCCAAGACUGUAUUUAAUUUUAACUGCAAAAAACUAAGUCCAAUUACGCAUCUGGCAUAAAAAAUCAUAAGCCUGGUAUCUUUGAUGAGUUAAUUUGAUCAGUAUAAUACGGAAUAUGAAGGAACAAAAAUCAAAAGUUUGAUUUGGAUACUGUCGUUUGAUCAUAAACAAUCUUCUUCUGUUCAAGUUUCAUCAAAUACCAUGAAGGUUUGACAAAGUUAUUGAUGUCUAAACAAAACUUUAAUCACAUUCUGAAACUAAAUGUUGACGCCGUCGACUACACCGGAAUGUAGGAUCGCUAUGUCUCGCUUCCUCUACAAAAUGUCACAGGCUCAUGUUUAGAAGCCAAAGUUUCAGGGGAAUAGCGAAAUUAAAUUUGACACUACAUUAUUAUUGGAACUGUCUAGUAAAACAAAAAAAAAAAAAAAACAAAAAAAAAAA